AGCUUGAUUCAACCACUGUUCUCUGCGAACGAAUCUGACCUUGUAGAGCUGCAGCAUGCAAACGUCUUGGAGAAGGGCAGCCAACGUACAAAGGCUGCAUUGAGUGUGUGGGCCGGCGGGAAUGCUGCUCGGCUGCUGCAGACGCGUAGUUUUCUUGGAAUUGCCAUGCAGCAGGACCGGUGUUGCAGUCCUCAGCUCAAACUGAAAAUGUUGCACAGGAAGACGUAUCAUGUGAAGGAACUACAGGCAGAAAUCGAUGCUCACACUGACAUCUUUCACAACCUGGAUGAAAACGGGCAGAAAAUCCUGAGGUCCCUGGAAGGCUCUGAGGAUGCAGCUCUGUUGCAGAGGCGGCUGGAUAACAUGAACCUCAGAUGGAGUGAGCUUAGGAAGAAAUCUCUGAACAUUAGAUCCCAUUUGGAAGCCAGUACAGAUCAGUGGAAGCGUUUACAUCUCUCUCUUCAGGAACUUCUGGCAUGGCUGCAAUUGAAAGAGGAUGAAUUAAAACAGCAAGCACCCGUUGGCGGAGAUCUUCCCACUGUGCAGAAACAGAAUGAUAUUCAUAGGACUUUCAAGAGGGAGCUGAAAACAAAAGAACCUGUUAUCAGGAGUGCGCUUGAGACUGUGCGAAUCUUCGUAGCCGAGCAGCCUGUGGAGGGACUGGAGAAGCUCUACCCCGAACCAAGAGAGCUGUCACCUGAGGAAAGGGCCCACAAUGUCAGUAAACUUCUCCAAAGGCAAGCAGAUGAUGUCAGAACUGAGUGGGAUAAGCUGAAUCUACAGUCUGCUGAUUGGCAAAAGAAGAUAGAUGAUGCUCUUGAAAGACUGCAGGGCCUUCAAGAGGCAAUGGAUGAACUGGACCUGAAACUACGCCAGGCUGAAGUGUUCAAGGGAUCCUGGCAACCAGUGGGGGAUCUGCUAAUUGACUCUCUCCAGGAUCACUUAGAAAAAGUCAAGGUGUCCAUUAAUGAACUGGACCCUGGGACAGAGUGUUCCCUCAGUAUGUUCACAGAUGAUACAGAAGCGGGAGGAACAGCCAAUACACCACAUGGUUGUGCUGCCAUCCAGAGGGACCUUGGCAUCACGGAGAAUUACACUGAGGUGAAUCUCAUGAAGUUCAACGAGGAGAAAUGCCAGGUCCUGUGUCCUGGGAGAAAUCACCCCAGGCAACAGUACGCACUGGGGGUCAAUCGGCCAGAAAGCAGCUCUGCAGAGAAGGGCCUUGGGGUCCUGGUAGACAAAAAGCUGACC